AUGAACCGUCGGCCGCAAUACCCACCGCCGCCACAACACCAACACCAGCUGCAGCAACCGCCAAUAGUAACGAUACCCAAACUCGAGGGACAGCAACAGCAACAGCAAAGGCCCCAUCCUAAUAACAACAAUAACAAUGACAAGCCAGCAGGAGUGCCAGCAGCAGAGGCAACACUCGUCAGUGACAAGAACGCCCGUAUCGUCGCCAUGAACUCCCAUGCCUUUGUCAACUUUUGCAACUCCAUCCCUCCUACUACUACCAUUGACAACAACAAUAGCCCUGGAAACCCCUCGCCCUCAAAUCAUUUGGUGCCAACCUUUUCCUCCUACAAUGAGUGGAUCGAUUUCAUCAACAACAAAAAUGUAAUCCAUCAUAAUGACAUGACCGCCGAUGACGAAAACAAUAGCAACAGCCACAGCAAGGCAGAUCUGGAGUACUUGGAACGCCCUCUUCGCAACUGGGUCGUCAACCUGACAGCAAUCGCCGAACCCUGCGACCGCCUUAUCCACACCUCGGCUCACUGCCUCGACUUUUUGACGCGUGAACACCAAUAUCUUAUUCCUACCCGUCAACCUCCAUCUCCUUCUGAAGCGCUGGCGCCGAUGAAUUUCCAUAUCUUCUGGAGGGGUCCUAUCACGGACAAGCUGUCGCUAAGCUCGUUCUCGUUUUUGUUCACCCAACCCCUUGACAGGGCACACCUCCAUCUCUGGAUCGACUCUGCAGAUCUUCCGGGUGGCGCACCCGAGGACUAUACCCAGAACCGGUUUGCGGCAGCCAUGGUCCAACCGCCACUGAACCAGUUUAUUACCAUCCAUGCCUGGGACCAAGCUGCCGAACUCGCGUAUUCUUACCAUGAAGAACUCUCCGUCAACGCCGCCAACGAUGACGACAGCGACGAGCAAGAGCAGAAGCUCAAGGAAUUGGAACGGGAACAAGGACCGGCCGCAAAUCCAGUGAAACCGGUGGCACUCUCGGACGAGGCCCGGUUUUUGAUCCUCAACAGAAACGGAGGCAUCUACCUUGAUGCUGACGUGCUUCUGUUGAAGGACAUGUCCCCCUUCUUUGAUUCCGGCGUCGAGUUUGCCUACGAGUGGAGUAACACAGGAAUGUACAACACUGCGAUCUUGAGACUCUUCCCCGGAAGCUCGGUCGCACGCCGGAUCCUGGACGGUGCCAAGGCCCGAGAGCUGGGACUCCUCCAGGCGAAGCUGAAAGAACAGCGUGCCCACCAGGACGAGCAAGAAGGAGAAAACGAUGGCGAGUACGAGGACGGCGAACAAGGCGAGGAGACGGAUGUGGGACAAAAGCUGAAGAAGGCUGAGGGACUUGUUGCUGGCGACAAGGCCCGUCUGGCGAAACGCGAGAUGCGCCCCGAGGAAAUAUACCAUCCUGCCCGUUUGCGCGCCUACCUCCGGCCCGAGGACAGCAAACUCGAAGGCAACGGCCUGAUUCAGAUGCCCACCCCGAUCUUUGACCCACUCUGGCUCCGAGUUGACAAGGCCGAGACCAAGAAAUCCAAUGACCCAGAACGCAUGAUCGAAGACCUCCACUCCUUCCCUGACGCCUUCUCCGCCUCUGCCAACGCCGUCUGUCCCCGACAGUCUACAGCGAUCACACCCAACGUCAACGGUAAUGAGGUGGAAUUCUCGGCUGGUCCGGAAGUCUUCCUGUCGGGCGCCUACGCACACCACUGGCACAACAACUGGCUGACGCCGAUCGAGGCCAAGAGUUGGAUGGGCCUGAUGCGCGCCGCGUUUGAUGACUUUGUUGAGGGAAGGAGGCCAAACUUGUACGGCGAGUGGUUCCGAGAUAGCAUCGACAUGUAG